GUUGAGGGGGCGAAAAUCGAUCACGCGUUGCAUGACAAUAACGCACGGCGGAGUCUCGAAGACCUCCUCGCUUUGGAGGAAGCAGUUGAACGUGCUCUCAGAAAGACGAGUCAACUGGACACACUCAUCAUCGUUACUGCUGAUCAUUCGCACACACUGACGAUAAAUGGUUACCCAAGCAGAGGAAAUCCUAUCUUGGGCAUAGCGGAAAAACAGACUGAUUUUGGACUCCCGUACACAACCCUGAUGUUUGCCAACGGUGUCGGCUACAAUUACACCAACAACGGAACACACAUUUUGUGGCGGAAUCUUACCAACGUGGAUACCCAGGCACUGGAUUUCCGACAGCAGGCAGCCAUUUACCGCGAAGACGGAGAUGAGACCCAUGGCGGCGAGGACGUUGCAGCUUAUGCCAUCGGUUUAAAAACAGAUCUCUAUGACAACCUC